AUGGGAAUAGAUUCUGACGCUGAAUCUGCCUCAAACAGUGGCGAACCUAAAAGGUCGCCACUGCGUGAGAGCAGUAGCAGCCCUGGGCACGAUGAACCGUGUCCAAAUGCUCCUAAACGGGCACGUGUCGCUGCUACAGAUGAUAUUCAUGCGCCAGAAGCUGAAUCUGAUAAUCGUGAUACUGAAAGAUUCGCAGAAAUUGACCACUCAGCAGUUCCAGCAGACGUACCGCAGUCGCCCGGGGAAGAUGAUGGUCGUCCUAAGGAUUCGGAGACUUCUGGUGAUGAUGAUAAUAAGCAAGAAUCUUCGGGGUCUGAUGCCGAAAAUGCUCCGCCACUUAACAGUUAUGCCAUUAUGAUCCGUGAGAAGAUCGAGGCUGGUGAACUGGACCAGAGCAUUGUGGACAGCCUACAGUUACAGCGACUGGUAGAUGGCUGUGCCGUACCAUUAGGUCAGGAAGUAGUGGAAGAAGCAGUUGCCAUACCUACCGCAGCAGAGCGUACUCACCUAGAGGAGCUUAUGUCACGACCUGCACGCCAGCAGAUUAAGGAGUUUGAGGGUAAUGCAUAUAUACAGGGUAGCGAAGAGUACAAUAUCUGGUAUAACAAGUGGUCGGGAGAACGUACAAACACUGUCAACGGCCGUGCAACAUUAAUGCCGGCCAUGUAUAAGCUUGACCCUGAACGUGACAGCGGUUAUACUCGUGGCAGCUCUAGGAACACGUUGGACGACUGUGGUACUAAAUAUUGCUGUUUAUUUUUCGCUAAAGGGUGUUGUACCUUGGGUGUCAAGUGUAACUAUUUGCAUCGAGUACCAACUGUCGAGGACGAAUUUUUCUUGGAUUCCGGUGUAGAUAUAUUCGGCAGAGAACGUCAUGCAAAACAUCGUGAUGAUAUGAGUGGUGUAGGAAGUUUCAUGACAGACUGCAAGAGCCUUUUUAUAGGUGACGUCUACCCCGAUAAUGCCGAAUAUAACCCUAUCGAUAACCUGAAACAGGUCCUGACAGAAGAGUUCGGUAGGUUCGGUAGGAUAGUAGAGCUCAACUUGGUGCCUGCUAAGGGCAUCGCUUUCGUGACCUAUGAGUCUAGGGUGAUUGCUGAAUUUGCAAAAGUGGCAAUGGCAAGUCAACCUUUGGGUAACUAUUCUACGGCUCUAAAUGUAAAGUGGGCUCAUGAUAUGAAAAAGGAGAACCGGAAGAAGGGUCACGAACGUGCUGCCUUUGAAGCUCGUGUAAAGCAGCAUGAAUCACAGUUAGAGGUGUUCCAGGAGUACUUUUUAAAAAGCAAUUUCAACACAACUGGGCCUUCUGCUGCUGAACAAGCACAAUCUGAGCGUGCUGCACGUGAGCGCGAGUCCCAGAGGUUGAACAAGCUGCAUCAAAUAUUACAGGACACUGAAGGGGCCGGAGAAGAACGUUUCGACGUGAUCCUAUGA